AUGUCAUCCGAAGGGAGCGAUUGUCCUCUUUGCCUGGAACCAAUGGAUUCAGAUGAUGUUUCAUUCUUUCCAUGUCCUUGUCUUUAUCAGAAGGUUUGCCGUUUUUGUUGGGCAAAAAUUAUAAAUGAAGAAAAUGGUUUGUGUCCAGCUUGCAGACAACCUUAUGAUCCGGAUGCUCCUGCCGUGAAAAUUCCACAAACAUCGACAAUGGAAACUAAGCGGAAGCCCAUUAAAAGGAAAAAGGAGGCAUUAAGUAAGCUACAUAUUCCCAAGGAGACAUUUAAGCUCUUACCAGAGCUCAGGGUUAUACAAACAAAUCUGGUUUUCGUGGUUGGUUUACCUCAAUGGAUAUCAAAAGAUAAGGAAAUUCUAAAGGGACCCCAAUAUUUUGGCCAAUUCGGCAAGGUGUACAAGGUCGAAGUUAACGCCAGUCAGACAUUUACGGGCCCACAGGGUCAGCCAAGCAUUAGUGCCUACAUCACUUACGAUCGCUCGGAGGAUGCUAUGCGAGCUGUUCUCACAUUGGACCAAUCUAUGAUGCACGGUCGACAAUUGCGGGUGUCCCUUGGAACCACAAAGUACUGUAGCCAAUUCCUUCGUGGUCAUAAGUGUAAUAAACAUGAGUGCAUGUAUCUUCAUGGCCUGGGCGAUCCGAAAGCUAGUUUCACGAAGGAGCAGAUGCACGCGGGGAAACAUACGGAAUAUAUGAAGGCACUCCUGGAUGAAUUUGUCGCCAACCAAGCGCCAGCUGCUGAUGCCGGCGGUGGAACUAAUUCUGAAGUGAUCGUUCGCGACACUAAUAGCAGCAACACCGUACAAAAUCGGGAGUCUCCUGCGAUGGCAUCCGAUUCGAGGGCAACUUCUUCUAUCACUGCCACUGGUGCUCCCCGGCCAUCUGAAAAGGAGUCAAUUACUAUCCGGAGUGGAGAGCUUCCGUCUGCAAGCGACCAUGUUGCGCCCUCUUAUUCCUCCUCUUCUUGUAUAUCCUCUUUUGAGAGUUCCAAAGGUCUGUUUUACUCCCAACACCACGUAGAUGUGAAUCCUCAAAAUCUCGACUGUGGUAGUGUCAGUAGUAGCACCAACAUGAACGCUUUUGCCGACAUAGAUUUCGAUCCAAUCCGCGAAUCACAGGUUGGACUGGCGGAGCUGAUGGCGUCGGAGCAGCCUCCUCAGCCGCAGGUAUCUCUGGCCACUCAGACUUUCUCCCCUUCCUUGCCACUAAUGUUCGCACCACCACCCGGUUUCGAAAAUUCUCCGGCGGCUCCUCCGGAAGACAUCGCUUCCCUUAUUGCAGCUACCUCCCAGAGCAGAAGUCUCCUUGACUCUGUAUACGGUCCUUUCGCCCAAAUAGCUGCUGCUGCGGCGCUGGCCUAUCAGACUCAUCAACAGCAACAACAACAACACUGGAAUGCCUUUAAUGGAACAGCAGAUUUGGAUUUUUUGACUCACUUAUUGCGGCAGGCUAUGCAAAUUGACGGAAGGCAGCCUUCCCAGUCCGCACAGCCGUCGACGUCGACAGGCAUUUCUAGUGGUGGUGGCACCGAGGAUUUCAAAUGCUAUACCGCUCCCUCCACAUCGGCUACUGCUACGACCCUAGGUAAACGCUUUAUCUCUGGCUUUUUCAGAAUCGUGGCGGCUGCCAGAAUUGAUGUGGUUAGCUCUGGUUGUCCGGUAAGCCAAAACCAGAGUCACCCCAGCAUCCCUCCUCCCUACCCUGACUGUCCAUCAAUGCGACGCUAUGUUCGGCCCACCAGAUCAAAAAUAGCUGUUGACUUUCCAAUAAAUAAACAGUUCACUGACUGCACUUUUGUUGGUGGUGUCAGCGGCAAAAAUGAGCUCUGUAGGAAACUGGGUUGCUCUUAG